UUCUUCUUCAUCACCGAUGCUAGGUUUUUUUUUCUCCCAAAUCAAUUUCUCCUCUGCGCCGCGCCGUUCAAUCUUUAUAGCCCCCAAUAUUCUUCUUCAUCACUGUGUUUCUGCACCUUUCAUUCCCAAUCGUUCUUAAUCGUACACCCAAUUGAUCAUGGUGGGAAGCAGCUCUCGAGGAAGCAGUGUUGAUUCAGUCUCCCAUCAAGUGUUGCCCAGAUGCGGCUGUGAUAGACCCAUGAAGAUGUGGGUCUCCAACACAGUUCAAAACCGGAAUCGAAAGUUCUGGAAAUGUCGCAAUGCUGGGACUGGCAAUAGUUGCGAAUUGUUCUUAUGGGAUGAUGAAAAUGGAGACUCAAUCAAAGGCAAUACAGUGAUUCAUCCAUGUUGCAAGAAAUGUGAGGUACUUCAAAUUCAGUUGGAAUCAGUAUCAAAGAAAGUGGUGAAAUUGAAGAUUAAGCUUGAAGCGCAGAGAAGGAAAACUAUGCAGAUCCAGAUUGCUAUUUUCAUGUGUUGUUUGAUAGUUGGUUUAUUGUAUAAUAUCAUGUGAUGUUAGCAAUAUGUAUGACAUUGUGUA